AUGUUGGUCACGGCAGAGACUGAUAAUAUCAGACUAAUAACUAUGGUCCUUGGCCGUAAGCAGGCUGAGCGAUAUGCGCGGCCAAAAUCAGGACCAACUUCUCCAAACAGAGGGCAGACAAAUUCACUUACAUCAAAGAUACCAAUACUCUCCAGCACCCACAAACCAAGCAGAAAAUUUUGGAACCCUCUGUGUUCCUUCACCCCAACCUGUGCGGUCAAGGCAAAAAGAAAGAAGCAGACUCCUUUACGACCAAGCGAGCAAACAUUAGGCAGAUACCUCGCGAUGGCCUCAAAAACGACGUACGAGCCUCUGCUCGUAACACUCACCUUCACACCGGGCGGCUUCCAGCAGACCAAGAUCCUCUCUAUGGCACCGCAGACAACCCCCUUCACACCACCCAACGACCUCUGCUCUCCCGUCGACAUUCGCUGCCUUGUGGGCAAGAUGGAAGAUCUCACGGGGGACGUCGAGUGCCUGCGAGACCAAGUCGUGGCCGAGACCACAGCCAGCCUACCAACGCAAUGCUUUCCCGAGAGUUACGCCGCAAUCUGGCGACCAUCCGGGAAUACAUUCAGCGACGUCGCAAGCGUGGCCUACCCAGGCACAGCCUGCAUCUCCGGCUGGACGACAGCGUGCGAGACAACCCUGACCCUCGAGAGCGCGCAGACGUACACCCAGACGUGGUGCUGCCCGAGCUCGUACACCUGCCUCGUGCCCACGCCGGGCGGGACGCCCUACCGGGACUGCGUCAGUCUCCUGAGCACGAACACGGAGAUCUGGAUCAACAAUGUCGCGACGAGCGGCGGGCGGGAGUCGACGCUCUGGAGCUCGUGGAGGAAAAUCUCCCUCACCGGUCUCCCCAGUGUUGCCGGGGGACCCCUCUCGGUCAAACACCCCGUCUUUCCGCUCUACGGUCGUGUUCCCUCCUCCCAGGCCUCUGGUGUUGCCGGAGGGACAGGUCUUUCGGCUGGUGCUAUUGCGGGGAUCGCGGUUGGAGCGGUGGUGCUGGUUCUCUUGCUGCUCGGUGCCGGGUUACUCACAUGCCUUCGGAAGCGGAAGCAAAAGAGGGCUGCAGUCGUCAUUGCCGCGCAGAAUGAGGGCAAUACGGGCAAUGAAGAAUAUGGGCAGAAAGGGUUUGGGUACGAUGCGAAGCAAGAGUUACCCGGCCACGGAACGGAGAUGACGGAAGUCGACGCUGCCACGCCGCCUCCCGUUGAGCUUUCGGCUUAUACGAGAGCUGCGGAAGUGGAGGGCAACCGGCCUGCUGAGCGUGUCGACAAGCUUGCGGGUCUCAGCUUCGUGGUUCUUGGUUCCCGAAUCAAUGGGAGACAUGUAAAGACUUCGCCCAUUGAAUACUGCGAAUAUGAUAUGACAACAUGGGAUGUACUCAAUCCGAGACCAAAAGUAUAUAAUCCCAUCAUUUUCCCAAGAGCUCUUCGAAUAGUACCACACAACAUCACUUACAAACACAUCCAACCCAGUCCUAAAUCCUCCAAAAUGCCUGAAUCUCACGAAUCCAUCAUCAUAGUCGGAGCAGGCAUCGUCGGCUCCGCUCUAGCCCACUUCCUCUCCUCCUCAUCAUCAUCCUCAUCAAACACUCCACGAACAAUCACUCUCAUCGACCGCUCCUUCGGUCCCCUCCUCGGCUCAACAGGUCACGCACCGGGCUUCGUCGGCCAAUUCAACGAGUCCCCAGUCCUCACCAAACUAGCCAUCGACUCCGUAUCAGAAUACACCAAAAUCCCCGGCGGCUUCGACACCGUGGGCGGCCUAGAAAUCGCCUUCCAGCCCGCAGGGUGCGAGCGACUCAAGGCCAGAUGCGCAGCCGCCUCACAGCGCGGCCUAGCCGCCGAGAUGUUGAGCCUGGGAGAAGCACAUACGCUCGCGCCGGAACUCGUCAGAGAAGAAGACGGAAAAGAUUCGUCGGGGGCAGGGGCUGCAGUCUUCUUCCCCACCGACGGGACCGCCGACGCAUGCAAAAUCACAUCAUUCUACCAGGACUCUGCAAAGAAAGCAGGCGUCAACUUCCUACAAAGCUCCGUCGAGAAGCUCCUCCUCACACCAGACGGCCGCAUCACGGGCGUCCAGGUCCUCGACCUCGGCUCCGCACAACAACUCGAAGCCGAUAAAGUCAUCCUCACAACGGGCAUCUGGGCCCGCGACCUCUGCCGCCACCUCCCCUUCCCCGUCCCCGUCAUCCCCGUCGGACACCCCUACAUGCACGCCCGCACCCGAACCCCCCUGCCUCCCCGAGAAAACUCAAACCCGAAAUCGAAAUCGACGUCGCUGCCCUUUGUGCGCUGGCCGGAACACCACGUCUACUCCAGAGACCACGGCACCCGCUACGGCAUCGGAAGCUACGACCACCCGCCCGUAGGCUGCGCGCCGAACGCGGAAGACGGGACGGCGAUCGGGGUCUGGAUCCCUGAUUUCCGGCAGACGCUCGAGGCUGCUAGAGAGAUGCUACCUCCCGCGACCGCGGCGGAGUUUGAGGAGGAUGUGAGCGAGAAUCAGACGAAAAGCAGGAGCUUCAACGGGAUCUUCUCCAUGACGCCUGAUAACAUGCCGCUCGCCGGUGCGGUGAGGUCGGUGCCUGGGUUGCACAUGGCUGUUGCUGUGUGGGUUACUCACGCUGCUGGGACGGCCAAGUUUUUGACGGAACUUUUGAAUGGGGAGGGGGUAGAUCAGGAGACGUCGGAGGCCCUCGAGCCGGAGAGAUUUGCUGGGCGGGAUUUUGCGACGCUGGAGGAGGAGUCGCUUUGUGGGUAUAACUCCAUCUACAAGACUGUGGCCAAAACCCAGCGUACAGAAUCAACCCUCGGCAAGAUGAGCCAUCUGGCCGACGAUUCUCAUAGCCGCCAAGCCAAGCUUCUCGGCCUCUCUUCAGAGGCUACCACAUGGAAUCCCCUUUACCUAGCGGAAGUAGUUCCCGAAGGAAGACCUUCACUUGAUGGUUCACGGUGCUCCGGUGCGCACCGAAUCGUGCCCGGCCCGUUGACACCACGGAUCAAACGGCCGAAGCCCCACAGUACGGGCCGGACCACUCGGCCAUCGACGACGCGCGCCGAGAAGAUGUCGGCAACAGACCUUGGUAGUCCCCUUAUCCCGCCAUCCAACCUCAUCUUACACCCUCACCUCCAACCAUCCAACCCAGCUCUCAAGAUGGUCUCCCACGCCACCAAACCACCAACCCCUCUCCCCCUCGAACUCAUCCAAAACCCAGCAGCAAAGAACGCACCCUACUACACCCCAUCCCAAUCCCCCCCCUCCGGAACCGCCCUCCCCUCCACCACAACCACCACCACCCCCCUCCCAAAACUCUUCACCCCCCUCCAAAUCCGCUCCCUCACCCUCCAGAACCGCCUCUUCCUCGCCCCCCUCUGCCAAUACUCCGCCUCGCCCCCAGCCGGAAACCUCGCAACAGACUGGCACCUCACCCACCUGGGCGGCAUCCUCCAACGCGGGCCCGGCCUGACCCUGAUGGAAUCCACCGCCGUCCUCCCGGAAGGCCGCAUCACCCCGCAAGACCUAGGCCUCUGGUCCGACGCCCAGAUCCCGCCCCUCCGCCGCAUCACCGACUUCGCCCGCUCCCAGUCCCAAAAGAUCGGCAUCCAGCUCUCCCACGCAGGCCGCAAGGCGAGCACCGUAGCCCCCUUCGUCCACGCCAACGCGACCUCCCCCCCCGAAGCGCACGGCUGGCCGGACCAAGUCUACGCCCCUUCCCCCCUCCGCUUCAACGACGCAUACCCCCUCCCCAAGGAACUGACCCUCCCGCAAAUCGAAUCCCUCAAGCAAGCCUUCGUCGCCGCCGCCCGCCGCGCAGUCCAAGCCGGCUUCGACGUCGUCGAAAUCCACGCCGCGCACGGCUACCUCCUCCACCAAUUCCUCAGCCCAAUCUCCAACGCCCGCACCGACGCCUACGGCUCCUCCUCCUUCGACACCCGCACCCGUCUGGUCCUCGAAAUCACCUCCCUCGUCCGCGCCGCGAUCCCGGACACGAUGCCGCUCUUCGUCCGCGUCAGCGCGACGGAUUGGUUCGACGACAGGACGGACCUCGUCCCGCACAGCUGGACGCUCGCCGACUCGUGCAGGCUGGCGCCUCUGCUCGCGGAGCGGGGCGUCGACCUGCUGGACGUGAGCUCCGGCGGGAGUCAUCCGCUGCAGGCGACGAGCAUCAAGGGCGGACCCGGGUACCAGGCCGGUUUCGCAAAGGAGAUUAAAAAGGUUGUCGGGGAGAGGAUGCUUGUGUCGGCUGUGGGUGGGAUCAGUACGGGGACCAUGGCGGAGGGGUUCCUUCAGGAGGGGUUGGAUGUGAUCAUGUGCGGUCGGUGGUUCCAGAAGAAUCCCGGUCUGGUGUACGCGUAUGCCGAUGAGCUUGGGGUCAAUGUCAAGAUGGCGAACCAGAUUGGAUGGGGGUUCGGUGGACGUGGAAAGGGGAAGACAGACCCUACUGAUGACUCGGCUUUUUCGAAACGUUCUUCCGGAGACAUGACUUACACAUAG